AUGGAUCAGAGCGGAAGCAAUGGAGAAGGACUCAUACAAGCGCAGCGGCUAUCUAGCGGUUUUGUAAUCUUGGAGGCCUAUCGGGAGUUCAAAGAAGGUGUGGACUCCAUGAAGAUGUUGGAGCAGCGACCAGGCCCCCCUCAACUUCAUUGGUGGGGAAAGACAGGAGCCCUUGUAGACAUCAGCAAUGGCAUCAUGAAGGAUUCUCGAGUGUUCCGUAUUGAUUCCGACGAUUGGAUCGAAAAAUACAACAAGGAGGGUGGAGCCAACACGGUGAAAGACCAAGCCCUUCAAAGACUCAAACGUGAAGGAUGGCAUUCUGUCCGGCCAGCUCUAGCAACGACUGUCCGUGCCUGGAUUAUGUGUGGCUUUAUGGCUAUUACCAUCACCAAGAGAGCGACUGUUGCAAUGGAAUAUUAUUCGCGCGUCAUCGAUAUUCUGGAAUGGGGUCGCAGAACUUGGGCUAAUGUUCCAAAAAUAGACCGAGGCGUAAUCUUCGAGCUGAGCUUCAUUCGAGGUGCAAAACGGCUUCGUCUGAAUGCUCUCCAUGAGAUCCUCGCCUCCAAGGUGAAGGAUAGCCACUACAUUCGUGAAAAUCUGGUUGAAUGGUGCCGUGAUCUUAUCGCUGAAACCGAUGCGAAUCCGCCUGCCCAAGGGACUGAAAUAGAUCCAAGCACUAUUUUGGCAUUCUGGGUGUAUCCCAAGGGCGAUGCCCUAGCUAUUCUUGGAUGGCAUCAUAUGCAACUAGGUUUAGCUGCUGAAGAUGCUGAAGAUGCUAAUGCUAAAUUCACGGAAUCAGCUAGGUACUACAUAAAGGCAGCUCACACUUUCCCCGAAGAUGAUGAAAAACGACCAUACUACUUGAAGGUUGCUAUAGAGGCAUAUUGGUUCCAGAACAAGCCCCUGGAUGAUGUUUUGCUCUUAACCGCUGGCAUUUCACACUGUUUCCCCAAGGUUUUGGGGCUUUGGGAGCACUCUGCAACAAUGAAGGAAAUGGCGCAAAAUGUUGUGCAAGCUUUCGAAUUUGCAUUCAUAUGUAGAGAAGCCAUAGACAAGGGCGAAAUUUCAAUGAAGGAUAUUGUAAAACCCAAAUCCUUGAAAAGGACUGACAGAUGGGCAACACCUGCCGUCAAAUACGUAUGA